ACCGCAUUUAAGUGUACCACCUUAAAUGUACGCUAUAAUUUAGAAUUUAACCUUUUUGAAACAACCAGAACAACACAACUAUCAAACAAAACUAUUUUAUAUUUAAGUUUUAAUUUAUUUUUGAUUAACUUUUUUUUGCUGUUCCUAAGAAACAACUCCAAAAAACAAAACAUAUUAAGAACAAAAAGGCUUAAGUUCAUUAACGAAGAAGUAAAACGACGAGACGACCAUUUUGUUCAAUAAUAAAAGAAGAAACAAGUUUUAUUUGCUGCAAGAAGACUGUACACAUAGAUGAAUACAUAUAUCAUUUUUAUUACUUUCGAUUUUAUUAUUAUUUUUCUAACACACAUACUGCUCCCCUUCGAAGAAUAUUUUCUAUUAUUUAGGAAGGCCUUAUUUCAAAAGAAUUUUUGUGUUGAGCUAAGCAAGACUCACACUUUUUAUAGUCAAUUCCCCAGCAUGAAAACCCAAUAGGCAGCCUACUUAAUCGCUACAAUACAUAGUAAGCCUGACCAAAAAAGUCAGUGGACGGCUGCCUCGCCCCAACAGAUUUUAUUUCUCCCGUAAAAUACGAGUAAGGUGAAACCUACAAAUUAAAUCAUGAUUUACGGCAUGCUGGUGACACUCUCGACGGCAAUCUAUACUACGGGGGCCACCCUUUGGCAGGUUCAACAGAGCCUAAUCAAUUGGAUGAUGUCGUUUAGUCUUUUCAUUUUGGGUGUGUUCUGCAAGCCGUAUUUGAUAGUUCCCCUGUUGGCAGCUGGGUUCUUCAUGGUGCGCCGGAUCUUGCUGCGGCGGUCAAAGCGGACCCAAGCCUGGAAAUCGCCGGGUAACAACGAGUCUGGGUCGUCCAGGCAUUACUCCAUUAAAACCCCACCAUCACGCGACACGGAGAGCUCCCUGCCCAAUAGCGUCGGUGACACAUCCCAGAAGUAGUCGAGCAACGGAUAAUCACACGAUUCACACGGGUUUAUAAAACAUAUAACAUAGUCUGAAAUACUACAUACACAUUCCAUGAGAACACUCAUACAUGUGCACGGGUGUGGAUGGAUCCUAAGACUAAAGCAAUUAAAAAAUACUGCACUGUA